AUGCGACUGUUCCUCACAAAUAUCCCGGCCCUCGCGGCCGUACUUUCACUUCGCCUCCUCGCCAAAGCGACUGAAGCAGUUGAUCAUUUGUCAAUCCUGCCUGUUGUUCCCCAUACCCCAUACUACAUUGGACCAAGAAAUGACUCUGGAUCAUGCCUAGCGGGUCACAGCAGUUUGAAUUUUACAAUUCAAAACAACCAAGACAACCCUAUCUUUUUCUACGUCACGGGGAAGGAACCCGCCGAUGACAGUUUCAUCGUUCUCCGAAAACAAGGCGAUUGCCACACGUGGUCCACCAAACCCACCUACACCGAUAUCUCCAGCACCAUGCCCUACUACUUUGUCGAUGGGACCGACGGGAGCAACGACUUUCACGGCGAGAUAGAGGUCAACUCUAGCACUUCAUUUAUGCUACCAAGUUACGUCAACAGCGCCAGGCUUUACGUUUCUCAAGACAAGUUGCGGUUCGGCACCAAUCUCGGAGGCCCAGACGCCGGCUUCGUAGAACCAUCAGCCACUAACCCAGGUCUGCCUGAAUACAACAUUACCUGGCAAUUCAUCGAGUUCACAUACGGCAGCGGCAACUUCAUAGUCAACCCUUCCUAUGUCGACUUUGCGGCCAUGUCGAUGGACCUCACUUUGACGUCUGGAACAGCAGGUGCAAACGUGUCCACUGUCCGGGGGCUCGAGACGAACGCGUUAAAAAACAUAUGUGAAGAUCUCAAUGAACAAACCAGGAAAGACAAUCAGAGCUGGACAAAUUUAUGCUUGACAGACAGCAACGGCAAGUAUAUUCGAGCUUUGUCGCCAAGCCAAUAUUUAGCCUUAUACCCCAAUGACAAGAUGUUCGAUUACUACAAGCCAUAUGUUGACAGGGUGUGGACGACCUACAAAGAUCGGAACCUCACGAUAAACACACAAGAUGAUGGGAGUAACACGAAAGUUGCGGUCGGCCGCACUGUUACCUGCAGGGUCAACCCCGAAGACGAACUGCUCUGGUGCGGCCAGAUAGAUUCCAGCAGCGGACCAUACUCUUUCAGGAAACCGACCACAGCUGAAAUCAUGGGCUGUACACAGGGCUCAUUGGGAGGGAAUACCAUGGAGAGCCCGUUCACAGUGAAAGGGGACUCUGAUUUUACGCAGGCUUUGAUUGUCCCCCGUCUCUGUGCAGCAUUCAGCCGCAGCACUCUGCUGCUAGAGGGCGGCGACAACCAGCCAAGCAGCAAAAUCAAGGCCGAUUUGUACUACGCGCAGGGAGAUGACAAGAACUCGAUCACCAACCACUACAGCCGGAUCGUACAUGACAGAUUAUUAGACAAGAUUGGUUAUGCUUUUCCUUACGAUGACACCAAUGCCUCAGAUGGUAACAACACGACAACUAACGCGGGGGGAGUGAUCCAAGAUCCAGACCCGAGGCUAUUGUUAAUUGCAAUUAGAUGA